CAGGAGACGAAAUUUAAUCAUUUGUUCAUGUUUUCUGUGUAUGCGUAAUGUAAGGUCGGGAUCGGAUUCGUGAACAACGAAAGGAAUGUGAACGAGUUAACUCUAAUUUAAAGAUGGCUGCGCCCAUGUCAGCAAGAUGCGCGAUGAAAUUAAACAAAAAGUUGUCAUGGAGUCAUUUAAAGUUGAUUCUCAACUAUCAGAGAUUUCAAAUACAGUGGUAUAGUACUAAGCAUGUGUACCAUGGCAAAGAAUCUGAUUAUUUUGGAACAGCUCAAAAGUUUCCAGAAUUCCACCCUGAAGAUAGACGGAUAUGUUUUACACCAGAGGAACAACUCAUGAAGAUUACACUGCCACCAAAUCAACCAGAUAAUUCUAAAAUUCUGCGGAUGGCAAUUAUUGGUGACCCCAAUGUAGGAAAGUCAACUCUUAUCAACAGAUUGUUACAACAUAAGAUCCUUCCAGUUUCAAAAAAGAUAAACACCACAAGAAAAAAUACCCUUCUGGUCCUGACAAAAGAUGAAUACCAGAUAAUGUUUGUGGAUACACCAGGAGUUUUAAACCCUAAAACAAAAGCAAGACAUCAUGUCCCAUCAUCCCUUGUAUUGGAUCCCGACAAGGCUGCUGAUAAUGUCGACCUUUUGGGAGUUGUAGUAGAUGUCAAGGAUAAGUUCCGUAGAAAUACGCUCAGUAAAACAGUGAUGAGAAUACUUCAUCUCCAUAGAAACACUCCAACAAUACUGAUCCUAAACAAGGUUGAUUCUGUAGUGAACAAGAAAGGUCUCCUGAACACAGUCAUCUCCCUGACAAAUAAAGAGUUAGAUGAAAAGAAAAUACCCUUAUGGAUGGACAAGAGAACACACAAACUGAGAAGGAGAGAACAACAGGAAGACUUCGUGGACUCAGUGAUUGAAAAAUACAAAGCUUCUAAAGGGAGCAGUGGACAGUCCUCCAGCCCCUUGGAGGACACAGGUGUUGAGGGCUCUAAUGAGGAGUGGGGUGAGGACCAAGACGUGUCCUCAGAUGAGGAUUUGGAAUUCAGGAAGUACAUAGAGAGAUUAAAAACUUGUCCAGAGACUGCUGUGCAGAAAACCGGCUGGUCAAAUUUCAAGGAAAUUUUCAUGGUGUCUGCCCUGAAGGAUGAUGGUGUUGAUGAUUUGAGGGACUAUAUGUUUUCUUGUGCCAAACCAGGAGAUUGGCUGUACCACAGCUCAGUGUUAACAGAUGAGUCACCCUACAAACUGGCAGAAAACAUUGUCUGGGAGAAAAUGAUGGACUUUGUCAAAUUUCCUGUUUAUGAACUACACCCUCAAAUUAAACUCUGGAGGUGGGACUGGGAGGCGGACAGAUUAGAUGUCGUCAUGAACAUUGAGUGUGCUAACAAGUUUCUUGUGGCAACAGUUGCAAGAGAAAUUCCAGUCAUUGUAGAAAAAGCAGUAGAAGAGCUGAGAAAUCUGUUUAAGUGUCUUGUUAGAUUAGAGUUGUUAGUGCUGAAGAAAAAAUAAAUUCAAUGCAAAA